AUGUCUUGGACUCCAGAUCAAAAUGCAUUAGAACAAUUAAAACAUAUUUUUAAAGGUACUUUAUCACCUAAUAAUGAAGAAAGAAAAUUAGCAAAUGAUGCUUUAAUUCAAGCCAAACAAAAUUCAGCAAUUGAAAAUUAUUUAUUUACAUUGUUAAUUUUUGAUCAAAAUACAAAAUCAGAUAUAAGAGCAGCAGCCGGUAUAAAUUUGAAAAAUUCUAUACUAAAAAAUAAACAUAAUUCAAAUCAAAUUGAUAGAAGUUUUAUAUUGGAUAAUAUUUUCACUGGAUUACAAAGUAAUGAAGUUCUAGUUAGAAAUAUUACUGGGAAUGUCAUAACUUCAUUGUUUUCAAUAUAUGGAUUAGAAAAAUGGAGCUCUUCAUUGACUAGUCUUAUUCAAUUAGCGAAUACUCCACCACAAGAUAAUGGUGAUAAAAAUUAUUCAACUCAAGAAGCAGCAAUGAGUGCAUUAGCUAAAAUUUGUGAAGAUUCAUAUAUACAAUUAGAUAAAGAAAUUAAUGGAGAACGACCUUUAAAUUAUUUAAUCCAAGAAUUAUUAAAAAUUUUAGAUCAAUCACAAAGUAUAAAAAUUAAAUUUUAUGUUAUUCAGUGUAUUAAUCAAUUUAUUUUAUUAAAUACUCAAUCGUUUUUAGUUAUUAUUGAUUUAUAUUUACAAAAAAUUUUCCAAUUAGCUCAAGAUACUGAUGGAUCAAAUUUAAAAGAUUGUGAAAUUCUUAAAAAAAACAUAGUUACUUCAUUUUUAUUCAUAUUGGAAACAAGACCAGAUAAAAUUGCACCUCACAUUGAUGGAAUUUUAAAUUAUUGUUUACAUUUAAUGCAAAAUCCUAAAAACAGUAAUGAAGUAAGUUUAGAAGCAUGUGAAUUCUUAUUAGCUUUAACAACAUCUACAGACUUUAAUCAUGUUUUCUCAACUGAUAAAUUAAAAAUUAUAUUACCAAUAUUAUUAGAUAAGAUGAUUUAUUCAGAAGAUGAUAUUUUGGCGAUGGAAAUUGAAGAUAGUAAAGAUGAUACAAACAUUGAGGAUAAAGAUGAAGAUAUAAAACCAACAAUUGUAAAGUCUAAAGAUGCAAGAGCUGUAUCUAAUGGAACUACAAAAAAUGGUCAUAUGAAUGGGAAUGAUAACUCCCACGAUCAAGAAGAUGACGAUGAAGAAGACGACGAGGACGAGGACGAAGAUGAUGAAGAAGAUGGAGCAGGUACACAUUGGAGUUUAAGAAAAUGUUCAGCAGCAACAUUAGAUAUAUUAAGUGAAAAUUUACCACAAGAAGUUUUGGUAUUAACGCUACCUAUAUUACAAUCCAAAAUAUUAUCAAAUGAAUGGCCAGUAAGAGAGGCAGCAAUAUUAGCAUUUGGAGCAAUGAGUAUAAGUUUUAUAGAAUUAGCAAGAGAUAAAUUACCUGAAUUAGUUCCAUUUUUAGUUGAUAAAUUACAAGAUUCAGAACCAAGAGUUCGACAAAUUACAUGUUGGACCUUAUCAAGGUAUGCUACUUGGGUAAGUGAAGAAGCUCAUGAAGGUGGUCAAUAUUCGAAUUAUUUUCAACCUACUUUUCAAUCUAUUAUUAGUUGUGCAUUAGAUUCUAAAAAAGUUGUACAAGAAGCUGCUUGUUCUGCUUUGUCUUCAUUUAUUGAAGAAAGUGACUCAUCAUUAAUUGUAAUAUACCUUGAAGAAUUAUUAAAUCACUUUGCAAAAUGUUUUGCUAUAUAUCAAAGAAAAAAUUUAAUUAUUUUAUACGAUUGUGUUCAAACAUUUGUUGAAAAAAUGGGAUAUGAAAAUUUAUCUAAAGAUCCAAAUUAUUCAAAUAUUUUAUUACCACCAUUAUUGAAAAAAUGGAAUUCAUUAAGUGAUGAAGAUACUGCAUUAUGGCCAUUAUUAGAAUGUAUGGCUUCAGUAGCUGCAAAAUUAAAAGAUCUUUUUGCACCUUAUGCUAUUCCAGUAUAUGACAGAGCUUUAAGUAUUUUAUCAAAUUGUAUUAUAAUGGAUCAAAAUUGUCAAACUGAUCCAACUAUAAAUUCACCAGAAAAAGACUUUAUGGUAACUUCAUUAGAUUUAAUUGAUGGAUUAAUUCAAGGUUUUGAAUUCCAUUCAAUAGAUUUAAUUAAUCAUGAUUCACAAAAUUCAAAACCAAACACUAAUUUAAUUGAUUUAUUGUUAGUUUGUUUUGAAGAUUAUAAUCAAGAUGUAAGACAAUCAUCAUAUGCACUUUUAGGAGAUUUAGCAAUAUUUGUAAUUGAUAUUUUAAAACCUCAUUUACAUUCUAUAUUUAUGAGUAUUGGUAAUGAAAUAAAUAAUAGAUCCCCAGAAACUUUCCCCAUUUAUAAUAAUGCCAUAUGGUCAUUAGGUGAAAUUAUACUAAGAUUACCAAAAUCAGAAUUUGAAAAAUAUUUGGAGAAUUUCAUAAAUCUAUUAAUUCCAAUAAUGAAUGAUUCAACAUUACAACCAACAGUAUUGGAGAAUUGUGCAAUAUGUUUAGGUAGAAUGGGAGAAAAUGGAUCUGAAAUAUUAGCACCAAAAUUAAUUGAAUUUAUUGUCCCCUGGUGUAAAAAUUCAUUACAUUUAGAAGAUAAUGAAGAAAAACAAUCAUCUUUAUCAGGUAUGAUUAAAACCAUAAAUAUGAAUCCAGAUAAUGGUUUUGGUGGAUUAAAUACUCAACAAGGUAAAGUUAAUUUGGCGAAAUUUUUAGAAGUUGUUGGUAAUUAUACUGAUGCAUCAAGUGAAUUACAAAAUCAAUUCUUACAAUUGAUUAUGAAUUAUAAAAGUUUAAUAGGUGAGGAAAUUUGGGAAAAUCAAAUUUUAAAAUACGUUGAUGAAUCAUUAAGACCAAAUAUUUCAAUAUAA